AUGCCAAUCAAACCUGUUGGGUGGAUAUGUGGGCAGGUGUUGAAGAACUUUUCUGGAAGAAUUGAGGGGAUCCAGAAAGUAAUCAUGGACCUUAUAGAUGAGUUUAAAGAUGAAUUCCCUACCAUCCUCAGAUUAUCACAAUCUAAUCAGAAAAGAGAACCCAUGCAGAAACCAUCCAAAAUCAGAAUGGCCAUCGCUUUAGCCAAGAUCAACCGAGGAACAUUAAUUCAAGGAUUAAACAACAUUUCCAGAUCCUCCAAAUCAGUCGCCAAACUUCUGCAGCCUCAGCUUGCUUGCAGACUUUUAGAGUUGAGGGCCAUAUCUCAUCGUUUGCUCAAGGAAGUUAAUGCACCAAGGCAACCCCUGUAUAACGUACAGGUCAGAAAGGGAUCUUUGUUUGAAAUCAUUUCUUUCCCAGCAAAGACUGCUUUAACUAGCAUAAUGUGCGCUUCAUAUGCAGCACUCAUUUAUUUGACAGUCUGUGUUAAUGCUGUGCUGGAGAAGACAAUGAAAAUUUUCCAAGAAGAAGAAUCUAUAAGGCAAAACAGAGAGGAGAGUGAAAAUUUUAGAAAUGCCUUUUCGGAGCCUGUGCUUUCUGAGCCUCUGUUUCCCGAAGGUGAAAUCAAAGCAAAACCUUACAGUUCGUUACCAGAGAAGCCAGACGGUAUUUCUGAUCGCCCCAAACUUCCUGCUAAUAAGUUGAGUAAUAAGAUUCAGGUUUUACAUUCUGUGUUUGACCAAUCAGCUGAAAUGAAUGAAUGA